GGAAGGAAGCGUGAAGCGGACUACAGGGGGAACGUCGUAGUAUUUUUUCUCACAAUGGUGGCCCUGUGUGCGCAGGUUCAGUAAAGUGCCCAAGUGCUAGUUCACUUGUCAGAGCAUCGCAAAAUGCAACGUCCCCGUUUGUUAUCUUUUAUGAGGAUGUACUGCUCUCCAGCCUCCAAAAAGUCUGAAGCAGCCAACGCAAUGGAAACAGCUAAAGUUUUUCUUUGUCGCCUCUCUGGAGCUGGAAAGGAUUUGGGUAGACGCUCCAUUCAGCGCAUCUCUGCAACCACACAAAGCUGGUGGGACAAAUAUGAGGAAUUUGUUGGCAUUAAUGAAGUCAGGGAAGCCCAGGGGAACGUGACAGAGGCUGAAAAACAGUUUAUGUUUGCUCGAGGAAUUGUACGAGAAACUCGUGACACGUGGGAGACUCAGCAGCUGAAAUUGAAAGAAAUUCGGGAUCGUUUAGACCGAGUGUCACGUGAGGACGUUCAGUAUCUGGAACUGGCAACUUUGGAGCACAAAUUAUUGCAGGAAGAGAAAAGGCAUCGGAUCAACUACCUAACAGCUGAAGAAUCUGAGCGGGAAACCUUCUCUCUCUUCUCUGCUGCUGUGCGGGAAAGUCACGAAAAAGAGAGGACGAGAGCCGAGAAGACAAAGAACUGGUCCAUUAUCGGCUCGGUGUUGGGGGCCGCGAUUGGGGUCUUGGGUUCCACUUACAUCAACCGAGUUAGGUUGCAAGAAUUAAAAGCCUUAGUUUUCGAAGCCCAGAAGGGCCCGGCCAGCCUUCAGGAAGCCAUCCGAGAUCAAGCCACUGCCUAUCACUCCCAACAACAGGAUCUCGGUGACCUCACGGCCAGUCUGAAGAACAUCCUGCAACUUGCCACGGUGACGUCGCAGGAAGGAGAAGGGGCUUCCCUGACUAAAGACAGAUCGGGCACCUCACUAAAAAUAGACCCUCUUUUGGUUUCUGUGAAGGAGCAGCUGGUCUACUCUAAACAAAUCAGCUCAUUCCUCGGAAGCUUGCAAGAGCAGCUUAGUAAUUUGGAAAAAAGCUUAGGGCAGAUGGUUCGUGAAGUACAGAACAUUAAAGUUAUGCCUCAGCCUGUACCUGAGGAAAGGGGAUUACUUGGCCUUCCCUCAGAAGCGAGGAGCCAGCCUUUAGAGGCAGAAGAGGUGGUUCUUGAGUUGUGCAAUACCGAAAGGAGGCUGGAAGCCCAAAUGAAGAAGCACUCCAUCUACAGUACAGCCUUCACAUGUGCCAUGCUGGCUGUCACCUUCCCCAUGCUCUAUAUAGUGUUGAAGGGAAAUUAGCCUAGAGUUUAGCCCUUCUCCUCAAAGUCUUAAAAGAAUAAUA